UGCCCCAUCAUUGGUGUCAGUGGGAGGAAUAGUAUCCCAUCAUUGGUGUCAGUGGGGGAAGGAAUAGUGUUCCAUCAUUGGUGUCUGUGGGGGGGGAAUAGUGCCCCAUCAUUGGUGUCAGUGGGUGGAGGAAUAGUGCCCCAUCGUUGGUGUCAGUGGGUGGAGGAAUAGUGCCCCAUCGUUGGUGUCAGUGGUGGAGGAAUAGUGCCCCAUCGU